GUGUGUGUGUGUGUGUGUGUGUAGAUAUAUAUAUAUAUAUAGAUGCUGAUUUUUUGAUUGGAUGCAGGCGGUGAAAUGGGGAACAAUAUCCAUGAUCGACGCAGAAAGAAGGCUACUGGCAAACGCGCUUCUAGAACCUUCCAAUCAGAGAUUCGUACUAGUUUCCGAUUCGUGUAUCCCCGUCUUCAAUUUCACGACGGUCUACAGCUACCUCGCCGGAACAAACCAGAGUUUCUUAGCAUCGAUCGACGAUCCCCGUAAAUCCGGCCGCGGCCGGUACAGCAGCCAGAUGUCGCCGGAGAUAACCCCCGAGCAGUGGCGGAAAGGCUCCCAGUGGUUCGAGAUCCGCCGCGAUCUGGCCGUGAAAAUCGUCUCCGACCGGAAAUACUACGAGAUUUUCGGCGAGUUCUGCGUGCCGCCCUGUUACAGCGACGAGCACUAUUUGCCGACGGUGGUGAAUAUUCUCCGGCCGGAGAUGAACUCCAAUAGGACGGUGACGUGGGUUGAUUGGUCGCGGGUCGGACCUCAUCCGAGGAAAUUCGGGCGGGUCGAUGUGAAUAUUGAAUUGUUGGAUCGGAUCCGAUUUGGAUCCGAGUGUGUGUAUAAUGGGGAUAGUACCAAUGUGUGUAAUCUUUUUGCUAGAAAAUUUCUGCAUAGUUCAAUUGGGCCUUUGUUGAAGUUUGCUCCAUUGCUUCUAGGUUUUGAUCCUUGAUUAAUUAUUUUUUUUUCUA